GCGCAGACGAGUGGAGAACGCAUUGCGAUUUUUGAAACGGCUUACUGAACAUGGUUGUAAGAAAACUAGAAAGAAGACAUGCAGUUGGCACAGGGAAAAUAUUGUCACCACAGGAGCUGUCAAAUUGUGAUGACAUUGCAACAGCUCUGACAAUUGACCCAUAUCUUGGCUUCAUCACACACAAAAUGUGUAUCAGGUACCGGCCUCCGCGAUUAAACAAGAAGGAGUUGCAAAAUAUCAUCCUUGCUUUUGUAAAAGAUCAAAAUUAUCAGGAUGCAUACAGACGCCUUUAUCACUCCGAGGCAAUGAGCCAGCUGCUGGUCUUCUUUAAACACCGAGUAAAUCGGGAUGACCUCCAGGAUCACGUGAUGAAGUUUCUGGCCGUGCUAAGCGCCGAGUCCGGCGUGACCAUCAUGGGCUGCACGCGCUACUCGCUGGAGGACAACGCCGGGGCGCGCGUCUGCGCCACGCGUUCGUGGUCGCGCAACGAGGAGAUCCAGUUCCUGGUGGGGUGUAUUGCCGAACUCUCGGAGGAGGAGGAGAACCAGCUGCUGCAGCCGGGCAAGAACGACUUCUCGGUCAUGUACAGCACGCGGAAGAAGUGCGGCCAGCUCUGGCUGGGCCCGGCCGCCUACAUCAACCACGACUGUGACGCCAACUGCACGUUCGUGGCCACCGGCCGGCAGACGGCAACGGUGCGCACGCUGCGCGAGAUCCAGCCGGGCGAGGAGGUCACCUGCAACUACGGCGGCGACUUCUUCGGCGACAACAACUGCUACUGCGAGUGUGAGACCUGCGAGAGGUGA